AUGUGGGCUUGGAGUCCGGAUGAGAGAGAGACCCAAAAAAGGUCUAGUCUUCAGAAAAAAAGAGACAUAUUUUCUUCUUGUGUUCUGAUUGAUCCCCUGCUAUAAAAUCAGAGAAGAAAAAGUUUGGUGAUUUUUGUUUCACAAUUUUUUUUCUUUUUCUUUUGAUGCCUUUGUGGAGAUGCUCAUGCUUUGAGAUCUUUGGUGGCUUGUGAUUAAGUUCUGGAGCUCUGCCUCGAUCGGUCUUAGCUUUCUGGGUGUCUGUGAUUCUUUGACGGGGCGGCUGCAUGGGCGUGAUAAGAAGAAUGUAAUUUGUCAGAGAGUUGUUGAAAGAUAUUUGAUUGUACUGGUAGUGUGAUCCACCUGUAGAAUGUCAUUCCGUAGCAUAGUUCGGGAUGUGAGGGAUGGUUUUGGGAGCUUAUCUAGACGGGGGUUUGAAGUCAGGCUAACUGGACAUAAUAGAGGCAAAUCUCAUGGUUCAUUACAUGAUUUGCAUGACCAACCUAUCAUAAUACAGAACAGUCGUUGGGCUAGUCUACCGCCAGAGCUACUAUAUGAUGUUAUUAGAAGGUUGGAAGAGAGUGAGAAUACAUGGCCUGCUCGGAAGCAUGUUGUUGCAUGUGCUGCUGUUUGCCGUUCUUGGAGGACUAUGUGCAAAGAAAUUGUUAAGAGUCCUGAGUUGUGUGGGAAGCUUACCUUUCCGGUGUCCCUGAAGCAGCCAGGGCCGCGUGAUGGAACUAUUCAGUGCUUCAUAAAAAGAGAUAAAUCAAAUUUAACAUACCACCUUUUUAUGUGUCUUAACCCUGUAUUGCUGGUUGAAAAUGGAAAGUUCCUGCUUUCGGCAAAGAGGACUCGAAGAACCACAUGCACAGAAUAUGUUAUCUCUAUGGAUGCUGAUAACAUUUCAAGAUCAAGUAGCACAUAUAUUGGCAAACUGAGAUCAAACUUUCUUGGCACAAAGUUCAUAAUAUAUGAUACACAGCCUCCAUACACUACGACCCACAUUCCCCCUACAGGGCGAUCAAGCCGUAGAUUUUAUUCCAAAAAGGUCUCUCCAAAGGUUCCAACAGGAAGCUACAACAUUGCCCAGUUAGCAUACGAACUAAAUGUGUUAGGCACGCGAGGCCCACGAAGGAUGCAUUGCAUAAUGCAUUCAAUCCCGGCCUCAGCACUUGAUGCAGGUGGCACUGUUCCUGGCCAACCAGAGCUUCUUCCCCGCUCUCUCGACGACUCAUUCCGGAGCAUCUCCUUCUCAAAGUCUCUUGAUCACUCUGUUGAUUUCAGCAGUGCACGAUUUUCUGAAAUUGGUGGGCCCCAAGAUGACGAUGAGGAUCUCAAACUGAGGCCCUUGAUUCUGAAAAACAAGCCCCCUAGAUGGCAUGAACAGUUACAGUGUUGGUGCUUGAACUUCCGUGGGCGGGUAACUGUUGCAUCUGUUAAGAACUUUCAGUUGAUUGCUGCUACACAGCCUGCUGCUGGUGCACCAACACCAUCUCAGCCAGCCCCACAAGAGCAUGAUAAGAUAAUUCUGCAGUUUGGUAAAGUUGGUAAAGAUAUGUUCACCAUGGAUUAUCGUUAUCCUCUAUCUGCAUUUCAGGCUUUUGCAAUUUGCUUGAGCAGCUUUGACACCAAAUUGGCUUGUGAAUAGAAAAAGCAUAAAAUGAAGGGCGGUUAAAAAGCAGAACAGUGUAAUGACAAUCUUUUUCUCUUUUGCUUUUUCUUUCCUUGUUCUCUUGUUCUUUUAUCUUUUCCUUUUGGUGUCACUAGGAUAGGAAAUUGUUAUUAAUGUUAUUCUGUUGUAAAACUCAUUUGUAAUUGUGGUGCUGUCCGAUAACUGGGCUGUAUUGAACAAAAAAUCUCAGUACCUUCCUUUGUUUCAUCUUCAGUCAAGUAUUGAAUAUCAACCGCCAUUAUAUUGGUAAUUCAUCUGA